AUGCCAACAUCAGCAAAGCGAAAACAGUGUUGGAAAUGGGAAAGCUGUGAUACCAAAUAUCAUGAUCGAAUCCAAAGAUCAAGAGAAUAUAUGCGUGUAACAUUGCUACUUCUAUGGGUGACUAUCGCUUACGCCCAGAAAAAUGCUACGGACACUACAAGGAAAAAAGCAGCAGCAAACAAUGAUGUAGUCGUGAGCAUAGUGAAAAUUAGUCGAGAUUCGCCUCGUCCACUUGUUGCCUACAAUCAAGGUUCGCUCGCACCACCUUUCCCAGCUAUUGCAAAGAUACGUUCCAAAACGAAGCCGACAUCAUCAGAUCAAAUCAUCUCGGAUGUGGGAAGUGAAGCAAUAAGUGGACUAAACGAGGAUCUUCACAAGCUGGUCAACUCAUUGGAGCAUGCUAAAAGCAGUAAAGGAGUUUUUUUGCUUGCAGGAGCAUUCUUCAGAAAGGCUACUCGAACCGGUAGUUCAUACAGUACUAACCCAUUUCAAGUAGAAUACACAGGAGAACCUUACCUCAGCGGCUACAGAGGGAUACCAGAAGGUCAGGAAGCAUCCUCAGGUGGGCCGAACUAUAUGGGAGCACUGACAAAAUCAAAUAAAGCUGGAAAACAUACGUUCGGGAGCUAUGGGAGCAUUGACAGUGAGAAGGCGCAAAUGUGGCAGUCGAGAUCAAUGGGCUCCAAUGUCGCUGGAUACGAUAGAUCAGGUUCCUAUGCCAACAAUGUGGAUUACAAUGGUGGAUAUUCAAUGCCUUCUACCGUAUAUAUCAGCCCAGAAUCAACUUACAGUACUCGAUCGAAUCCGUACAGUGCCAGUUACCAAGAAGGGUCUGACAACAACAAUUACGGUAAUGGCAAUCGAUACGGUAGCAGUGACUAUUCAAAUUAUGGCAGUCAAAUGAGUGGUGGCAUUAACACGCAAUCGAACAGCCAAGGGUACGAUUAUCAGCGCUACAGUAGCCUUCCUACGCAGGGUUACGAUAACACUGUCUGGCUACCGUAUGGCACAACUCGGCAAUCGUCAUGGCCACAACAGAGUUACCAGAACGUUGAUGAUGGAUAUAGUCAGAAUUCAGGUUACGGUAACAUGGAAGUGGAAAAAAUGCCUGAUUCUGGCUACAUGGAUUACCAGUACCCGAGCUCAUCUUACAGUACACCUACCGUUAGCCCUGGAUACACUGGCGAUUUAUACAACUCGGGUAAUGGUGCAAGUUAUGGUCAAGUUAAUCAACAAAAUUACAAUUAUGGUAGCUACAUGAGUUCAGGGACCACCAAUUCAGGAUCCAGUAGCCAAUUCCCGUCAUUUAUAGAAACGACCUAUGGAAUGCCCUCAACAGGUGGCUCAACUUAUGAUAACGGUAAUGAUUAUGUCCAACAGGGGAAUUACGGUAAUGAUUAUGUCCAGCAGGGCAACUACGGUAAUAGCAAUGCCUGGAACCAAUACAGUACUUCGGAUACAGGCAGCUAUCAGAGCACCUACCAACCUUCUUGGAACUAUGGGAGUCCGAAUGUUCAAAGUUCGGGAGGAAAUGGUGAUUACGAUUACUACAAACCCACUCAAGGUUACGGUACUGGGCAAAGCUACGGUAACGCCGGCUACCAAAGCGAUACUUACAAUCCAGGGCAAACAAUGGGCGACUAUGGUAAUUCUUAUUCUGGGAAUUACGGGGGCGGCUACCAAAACAACGCUCAACAAGGCCAGUACAUGAAUUACGGUGGUGGACCUCAAGUGGAAUUCACCAUGAAUGUGGGAUACGGUAGUAGCAGGACUUCUGGUGUGACUACAAAGCCAUCAUUAACUAAUAACAUCGUAUCAAGUGGCCUUGAUGAAGAUGGCUACAGAACUGUGGCCAAGUAA